CUUUUGUGUAUGUACAGACCGACAGUGUCCCACUAUUCAUAUUAAGUGAAAGAUCAGCAUGGUAUAAUUGAAAUUAAGUUUAGAAGCCUAACAAAAAAUCUAUUUACUUGAAUAAGUUGUAGGUUAUCUAACUACUAAUAAAUAUUUCGAUUUUAUCGUAAGAUUAAAAAGAAUAUUGUAAUUAGGACCUAAUCCAGAUUCAUAACACAUUUUCGGUCGAACAUAUGUUCUUAGUGUCUUCAGGUUAAUCGCUCCGAGAGGGCUAAAACCCACGUCAGUUUCAGUCAGUUGAAAUUGUCGAAAGCGCCAUCAGAUAUGAUUAGAUAUAUACAUUUUUUCCCGGGCUGUUUAAACAGUUGAAAAGAGCAAUCUCGAGCGUCAGAGAUUAUCAGAAAUGCCGAGAUCUCCGUAAGCUACGUAAGCAAAAUGGAUUGCUUCAAGUUACUGGAAACUCUUGAUAUAUUCGGCUGCGCCGGUAUUUGCAUAAGUACUGAAAGCUCGCAGCUGCUGCAGAAUUCGCUACUCAUUUUACAGACGGAAAAUCACUUUCGAAAAUGUUAUUACUGGGGCAGAAUCAAUGGGAUACAAAACGACUAUCAUGUCGCAUACGGUUUCGCGAGGGAUUGCAUGAACGAUCAGGUGUUUUAUUACAGUACGGAUGGUAUGAAUUGGUUGCUGCUGCCAAAAGCGACGAAAUGCGCACGAUUCCUGAGCCCCUUAGCGAUUAAUAAAUUCGAAGGCGAUCCGUCCAUCGUCACGAACGUUUACGACGUUAACCCACCGUUUCCGCCAAACGAGGAUCCCAAGAUUUAUUACGCUGAUCCUAUGCCGAAGGAACUGAAAGAGGAGGACCGUCUCGCGGCCACUGUGGAAUCAAUCAUGGAGGAUGCUGCGGUUGUUCCGCGAGGAGCCUGGUUCAAGUGCCCGAAUGGCGACGUGAUCGAGAAUCCGAACUUCCGCGGUCUACGCGAGAUGGAGGCCGCGAGUCUGAAAUCUUACUUGCACGCACGUCCCCCGAAACAGAAGUGGAACGAGAAUUUGUCGUCCCGGCCCGAUUACAAUUACGCUUUGGAUUUUUUAGACGCCGCAGACAUGGACGUUCCUCAAGAAUGUUGGAACCUGCAGUUCCUCCUGGGCGGUCGUCUGGCCGUUUUGCACAGCUUGUACUGGCACGGAAUGACCUUUUUUCACAAGUUGAACUCCCCGCAUCACGGAUUUCUGUACGUCGGGCAUGGAAAGAAGAACAUGGAUCUGCCGUUCAUGAUAUGAUAUUAAACUGGAGUUACAAGAGCGAAAUACGAGUGACUGUGUGAGAGGACAAAAUGUCACAUGUAAAUGGCAUUAAGGUAAUAAAUGCUGACGCUACGUAAUACAAAUUUUAGGCGUAAAUGCUUAGAGACAGUCUUAGACACGACGUCAGUUUGCUUCUCUUAAUUUGUCUAUAAAGUGGAACAGCGCAGUGAGUUGCAAGAGCUAAACCGCCCGGUUGAACGAUCGAUACACGCGUCGAUGUAAUUCGUAACGCUAUUGUCCUUAACGUCCGCUUCCCGUCAUGAAAAUCCGUUGUUCGCACGUAUUCCUGCGCGUAUCUAUUCGUGUCCGCUUUUGGCGACGUCCUCGAAUCCGCGACAAUGUUAAAUUUCACGCUUCCUGCGGAACGCGUGCACUCCUCGCGCCGGAUUGUCGGCUGGGAUUCCACGAAAAGGAAACUCGGCGUGGCUUAGCUGGAACGGCUUGAAUCGUGAGGAAACGAGCUCCGAGAAUCGCAUAAAAUAUCCCCGACAAGUCAAUUUACCAGUCAAUUUUAUGUUUCAUUAUUGUUCCUUACGUAGAAUAAAAUAUUAAUUCUAUUAACAUUGACUUAAUUUGAACACUCGAUCAGGUAACAAUGUCUGAUCUUCUUAUUUAACGUUAAGGAAAUAUGAGAUGUUAAAAAGACGUUCCAAACAUGGAGAGACAUGGACUUACCGGAUACAUAAUAUACCUAAAA